AUGUCAAAAACCUGGCUUCGCCAUGGCCACAGCAAGUUAGCACUUAUACUUGGCAGAGAACCAAAGAAGCAAAAAUUUCCUGUGCUGGAAGGUCACCCAGCGGGGCAAGAACAUGCAGAACAAGCUGUUGAGGCCCAAGGAAUCCAAAGCAACAUCGACAAGCUCGUAAAGGAGUUCAGGAUCUAUAGGUGGAGCCCUGACUAUCCCAACAACAAGCCCUACCUGGAAUCCUACUUUGUCGACCUCUCCAAAUGUGGCCCCAUGUUUCUUACUUUAGAGGAUGAUUCAACCUUGAGCUAUAGGAGGUCAUGCAGGGAACGAAUAUGCGGCUCCUAUGCCAUGAAUAUUGAUGGGACCAACACCGUGGCUUGCCUGAAGCCCAUUGACGCCGACACUUCCAGGCCAACCAUUAUAACCCCUCUGCCUCACAUGUUUGUGAUCAAAGAUCUGGUCGUCGACCUCACCUAUUUCUACCACCAGCACAAAUUGAUUGAGCCAUGGCUCAAGGCCAGAAAAGCCUCGCCGGACUGGCGGGAAUAUAGGCAAUCACCUGCGGACAGAAAGAAGCUGGAUGGGCUGUAUGAGUGUAUACUCUGUGCUUGCUGUAGUAGUUCAUGCCUCUACUGGUGGAACCCGGAGGAGUUCCUCGGCCCUGCAACAUUGCUUCAAGCUUAAAGAUGGAUUUGUGACAGCCGGGAUGUUGCGGAUGAACGGCUGCAGGCAAUGACGGAGGAUGAGAGGAGAUUAUAUAGAUGUAGGACUAUUGAGAAUUGCAAAGCUACCUGCCCCAAAAGCCUCAAUCCUGCAGAUGCCAUUCACAAGAUGAAGACCCAUCUGCUUUCGCUGCCUGUGGAGGAGCUUGAGAGCCGGUAAUCAUGUUAUUGCACUCCAAGGAAAGCAUGGUUAUGAGCUUGUAACGCUAUCAAGUUCAAUGAAGUUUUCAAACUCCAAUACGUGUUAUUAGUUCCUUUUUCGCAGGACAAGUAAUUAAGAUUAGAAUUUGCCGCUUUCUUUUUGGCCAGAUGAAAUUGAUGUGUUAUUUUCCUUGGGCAUGGGGGAUUGGGCUGAACAACUAAGAGGGCUUGAAGGGGCUUCAAUCUCCCCCAACCUCAAACGGUUCUCCAUUUUAUUUUAACUGCAAAUACAUAGGCC